AUGGCUGAAUGUACACAGAUUAUGGGAUUUACAACAUUGCACUUCCUGAUCGAGCCUUCAGAUGCUGUUACCACCCGGGGAAGUAAUGUUUUGCUCAACUGCACUGCAGAAUCAGAUCAAGGGUUUCCUGUAAUCAAAUGGAAAAAGGACGGAGUCUUUUUAAACUUGGCAGUGGAUGAAAGAAGACAACAGUUUCCCAAUGGUUCUCUUUUGAUACAAAAUAUUGUCCAUUCCAGACAUCAUAAACCUGAUGAAGGCCUCUAUCAAUGUGAAGCAUCGUUAGAAGGAACUGGGGCCAUCAUCAGUCGAACAGCCAAAGUUUCAGUAGCAGGUCCACUGAGGUUUCUGUCCCAGACAGACUCUAUCACAGCAUUUGCAGGUGACACCAUUUUAUUAAAGUGCGAAGUUGUUGGUGAACCUAUGCCUACAGUCCACUGGCAAAGGAACCAAGAAGAUCUGCUUCUGAGUCCUGGUGACACUCGAGUGGCAAUUUUGCCUUCUGGAUCUUUACAAAUCAGUCGAAUUCAAGUAGGGGAUAGUGGAAUAUACAGAUGCCUUGCAAAAAAUCCUGCCAGUUCAAGAACUGGAAACGAAGCAGAAGUCCGAGUUUUGUCAGAUCCUGGGUUGCACAGGCAACAAUUUUUUCUGCAAAGACCAUCAAAUGUGGUGGUUGUAGAAGGGAAAGAUGCAAUUCUGGAGUGUUGCGUUUCAGGCUAUCCAGCCCCAGCGUUUACCUGGCUGCGGGGAGAUGAAACAAUCCCAUUCAGAUCCAAAAAAUAUUCAUUGUUGGCUGGAAGUAACUUACUGAUUUCUAAUGCAACGGAUGACGACUCUGGAAGUUAUACCUGUGUAGUCACGUACAGAGAUGAGAACAGUAGCGCAUCAGCCGAGUUAUCAGUAUUGG